CUUUCUUUCCAUCCUAUAGUUACAGUUGGUCCGUCAUGACGGAACAACCUCGUUCAAUGGAGUCCCGCGUGGGACGCAAAAACCAACGUGAGUAAUCAACCCUGGAGGCACGUUGACCCUUUUACAAUUAUUUCUUGGUACUCUUUUUUCUGCCUAUGAAUACAUUUCCCCGCGCGUUUGCCGCCUAUGAUUUCGCGCAACCCGGCUAAUGUUGUCUGUGCUUCUAGGGUACGGUCCGAAAGGCGAACGGCUCGUGGCCGGUGUCGUGCCGUUGUCCGCGGACAAGACUUUGGUCUUGAUGAUCCAGUCCGCAGGGCGCGGCGGCUGGGUCCUUCCUAAAGGCGGUUGGGAAACGGACGAGAACAGCCCCCAACAAGCCGCUUGCAGAGAGGCCUGGGAAGAGGCCGGGGUAAUAUGUACGGUGCAUAAGGACUUGGGGCAAAUACCCGACAUGCGCCCCUCGUCUUUAUUGUCAACCACAGCACCCAAGGCGUCCUACCAGUUCUUCGAGGUGACCGUGGACCGCGAAGAGGAACAGUGGCCCGAGAUGCACAAGCGAAAACGGCAAUGGGUUACCUAUAAGCAGGCUGCCGAUGCUCUGGCCAGCAGACCCGAGCUGCUGGAAGCGCUCAAUCGCAGCUCCAUGCGGCGGUAGCGUUGGCUUUUUGUUUUCCGCAAAGAAGCUUCAAGCUUCCAUGACGACCUGAAAUGAUCUAGCCAAGGAAAAGCUGUUUUCUUUUUUACUUGCAUUGAUUGGCUUGGACCUUCCUACCCCCGGUUGGCUGUAAUGCUUUUGGGUUUUUAUAAUCUCUUCUUUCAUUUCCC